AUGGAAAGGGGAAAUCUAACAGUCAUCAAGGAAUUUAUCCUUUUGGGACUUCCCAGCUCUGCGGAGCAGCAACACUUCCUGUCUAUACUGUUCUUAUGCAUGUACUUAGUCACUGUGUUGGGGAACAUGCUCAUAAUCUUGGGAAUUAGCUGUGAUUCUUGCCUUCAUUCACCCAUGUAUUUCUUUCUUAGUAAUUUGGCCUUUGUUGACAUCUGUUUUACUUCUACUACAGUUCCCCAAAUGGUAGUUAACACCUUGACUGGUACACAUACUAUUUCUUUUUCAGGCUGCCUCACCCAGCUGUUUUUCUUUAUUUCUUUUGUGAAUAUGGACAGCCUUCUUCUCUGUGCGAUGGCAUAUGAUAGGUAUGUGGCAAUAUGUCACCCUUUACAUUACAUGAUCCUAAUGAAUCCUCUCCUGUGUGUCCAGCUGGUAGCUGGACUCUGGGUAAUUACCUAUCUUCAUGCCCUCCUACAUACUACUUUAAUGGCACAUCUGUCCUUCUGUUCCUCCAACAUCAUCCAUCAUUUCUUUUGUGAUCUCAACCCACUCCUGAAGCUCUCAUGCUCUGAUGUUUCCUUUAACCUGAUUGUCAUUUUUACAGUAGGUGGUCUAGUGGCUCUCACACCCCUUAUUUGCAUCCUCAUAUCUUAUUCGUUUAUAUUUUCCACAAUCCUGAAGAUAACAUCUACUCAAGGGAAACAGAGAGCAUUUUCUACUUGUGGUUGUCACCUGUCAAUCGUUGUAUUGUUCUAUGGCACAGCCAGUGCUGUUUACUUUAGCCCAUCCUCUUCUCACACUCCUCAGAGAGACACUCUGUCAGCCAUCAUGUAUACCAUUGUGACUCCAAUGCUGAAUCCAUUCAUCUACAGUCUAAGGAAUAAGGAUAUGAAGAAAGCACUUCAGAAAAUAUUUUGUAAGCAUAGAGUCAUAUAA